AUGCCAAAAAUAACUGAACUUCGAGGGUUAUUUAAACCAUUUACAAAACCAUUACAUCGACAAUGGAAAUACGUAUGGCAAGAAAAGGGUAAAUUUAACGAGCCAAAACUAACAUUACCAAAAGCAUUAAAUGGUCGUCAAUUAAAUAUAAUUGAUCCUUUACAUGACCCAGAUCCAAAUGCUUUACCUGAUGAAUCAACACCAUGGACAAGUCCAACGCGACAUCCAAUGUUUGAAUAUCUUGUACCACCAUUACCACGCGAACAACAUCCUCUUUUUCAUCAUGACCAACCCGUAUUUUUAUUUGAUUCAAAAACAAAAUUACAUGCAGGUGUUGAUCAAGCAUGUUUAUUGACGAAGGCAAUUCCAUUCUAUGAAUUACCUCAAUCAAUAAAACAAAAUCUUGAUAAAAUUUCUAUACCUAAUCAAGAUGAUUUAAUUCAAUCUUAUAUUCGUCAAUCAAUUGCUUAUGAUGCAACAAAAGAACAUUUACCACGAAAAUCUACUCCAUUAAAACAACAUCGUUCAUUUCGUAUUGAAUAUGGAAUACCACGUUCAAGACAAAUGUCAAUAUUAUUCGAAAAUAUUCUUCAUCUUUGUGAAUCUUUAGGUGGGCGAUAUCCAGAUUUAUUUAAACGUCAUUUAUAUCGUAAUACACCAUUCUAUACAACAUAUGAACGUUAUGGAGAACCAAUACAUUUAAGAAAUAAAAAUAGUUAUGUAUUAACUAGUCAUACACCAUUAUCACCAAUUGUUAAACGUUUAAAUAAAUUAGAAAUAAGUUCAGGAGAAAAAAAUGAUGAAAAAUUAAGUACUCAUGAUCCAGAUGGACAUUAUCUUAUGAAAGGAAAUGAUUAUCAAUUUUUAAAUAUGUAUCCAGUUUAUCCAACAAUUGAUCUUCAACCCGAAGAACUUUAUCAAGAUGGUGAUGAACUCGGAUGGAGACAAAGAAAAACGAAUGAAUAUGUUCAUACAACAUUUUAUGUUUCGAAUGAUGAAUUAAUUCAUGAAUCAACUACAGAUGAACGUCUUGCACGCAUGGUUAUGUUUGCAUUUGGUUCUGCUCUUGUUCAAGCACGUCAACAAUAUCCUAAUGGUAAUUUAAUUAAACCAGUUACUGUCCAAUCAGUAUUUCUUCUUGAUGAACUUUUUCAUUUUGUUGUAUUUCAAUUAAAUACAUUGAAUUAUAAUGAAACAAAUGAUAAUCGAUAUAAUUAUGUAUGGAUUGAUAAAGAUAAUUAUAUGUAUGAUAAUCGUCCAUCAAUGGUUAUGCAUAAUCCUGUUUAUGGUACUGAACGAAAUUUACAACGAUAUGUUUUAGAGAAACUAAAAUAUAAUCCAGAUGUUUUUCAAAAAUUUUUAGCUUUGUAUUUACAAGGUAUUCAAGGAAAAAAAGAAUAA